AUGAAAGACUUCACCGAAAUCACGCUUUGUCCCGAGGCUCUGGACCACAGCAAGGGCGAGGAGCCCCGGGCAGUGCCAAGCGCCGAACACCCACCAGACGAGGACGGGACCAGCCGCGUGUCACCCCAGGACGGCCUCGGUACCAGCCUGGGGUUUGUGGCAGGGUGGGGGUAUNNUGCCGACUGCAAGUUCACCUGGCUCUGCGUGGCUCUGAUGAGCGCCAUCCUCCUCUUCCUCAUCGCGCUCCUGCUGGGCAUCAUCAUCCCCCAGCUGACGUCCCCGCAGCCACCCGGCACCCCUGCUGCAGCCCUGCCUGCCCAUGGCACCACCACCACCGCAGCACCCACCCAAAAGGACCCCCCGCUCAUGCCCACGCUGUUGCCCCGUGCAGCCUGCGGCGGGCUGUGGGGCCCCGAAGGCUCCUUCAGCUCUCCCAAUUACCCCGGCCCCUACCCACCCGACACACUCUGCAUCUGGCGCAUCGAGGUGGGUCCUGGCCUCGCCAUCCAGCUGAAGAUGGAGACGUUCAGCCUCUACGAGGAGCAGGGGGCUGGUGGCAUGGAUCCUGCCCCGGCUCGUGGGUGGCCAACCAGGUUUUGUGGCAACGUGGCCCCCCCUACCUUCAACACCAACUCCAACCACCUGCGCGUCACCUUUGUCUCUGACAGCAGUGUGGGCGCCCCAGGCUUCAGCGCCCGCUACCGUGCCGUGGCCCCCAGUGAGAAGUGUGGGGGGCCGCUGACUGCCUUGGAGGGGCACUUCUCCACCCCGAGCCAUCCUCAGCCAUACCCGCACCAGCAGUCCUCACGCCAUGUCAUGACCGUCCUCUUCGUGGCGGACGAGGGAGUAGCAGAUGAUGGGUUCUUUGCCACCUACCAAGCCCGCAAUGCCACAGAAAAGACCUGCAGCCCCACGGAGUUUUCCUGUGGAAAUGGUGAGUGCCGGGUGCUGGAGUCUGUGUGUGAUGGCUGGCACGACUGCCCCGACGGCACCGACGAGCUGAACUGCACUGGGGUCUCCUACACCGCCUUCGGGUCUGUCUGUGAGCCUGUGGAGGUGGAGAUGUGCCUGGGGCUGGGCUACAAUGCCACCUCCUUCCCCAACAUCUGGCUGGCCAUCCCAGACCAGGAGGGAGCCGCCGAGGUGCUGCAGGACUACCAGACGCUGAUGGAACUCGCCUGCUACCAGCACCUCCGCCUCCUCAUCUGCAGCCUCUUCGUCCCCAAGUGCACCCCAGAUGGGGGUGUCCUGCAGCCCUGCCGAGCCGUGUGCCUGGCUGCCGAGCUGCGGUGCCAACAGUCCCUUGGCCUCCUUGGCAUCCUCUGGCCCAUCAACUGCAACAUCCUGCCUGAUUCCAAUGAUCCCAUAGAGUGCUUCCAACCCUGA